AUGACUGGCACUGUGCUGUGCUGUACACAAAAUAACUUUCUGUAUCUUCGAGGUGGGAUCGCCAAACUCGUAACAGAGGUCCAUCUCUUGAAGAUUGAGACUCUUGAUCUCCAUGUUGAUCUCAGUCAACGUCCGUUUGCAUCACGUGAUGUCGCUCAAUUCAUCUGUAAGCUGAAUCAUCUGAAGACCCUUAAACUCGAAGGUCGGUAUCAUUAUGACUUCUACUCAACAUUAUCGUCGACGGCAACAACUGUAAAGGAUAACUGCAACACAAGCUCAAGUGUGACUGAUCUAACCGUUACUGAUUGGACACUAAAAGAAUGGCAGGAUUGUGGAUCGAUGUUUGACAAUGUGAAGAGGUUCACUUCACAGGUACUGGAAUCGAUCAGAUGUGACGUCAUCCAGAGGAUCCAUCUACCAGCAGUGACAGAGCUCACCAUUCAAACACAUGAGUUUGCUCGUGAACCGGCUUCUCUCCACGAUGAUCACACCUCACUACCCAAUGCUCUCCACAAGGUCUCAUCUCAGCUUGUCAAGGUCACAUUCACAGAUGUCAACACCGGUAACAAUCAGACCAAACGCAUUAUUCAAGCUUUCAGAUCAACACACGAUCUAAACCACGUUAAUACUAUUAGGUUCAUAAGAUGUGGGACUGAUGAGAGCUUCGAUUCUUGUAUUGACUCCAAUGAUGAAUAUAAAAUCAAUGUGGAGAUAGUACAUGGCAAACCAGUGGGUAUUGAUCUAGGCCUAGAACAACCUUCAGGACUUAGCCUGGCUUAG